AUGGCUUGGAGAAUAGUAACAAUCAUUUUGAACAUGUUGAUUGUAGGAAUUUGCUGUUUAGAAGAACCAGAAGGAGAUAUAAGUAUUGAUGAAAUAAUUCGAAAUGCUUCAACGGGCAGUGUCAUUGACAACAGAAAUGGCGAUGUCAUAGUAGAAUAUGACUUAGUAUUGAGUUUAGAUGAGUAUGAAGCACAUUACGGAAAUAUAAACUACAAGGAUAAUACUAUCAUCAGUCCACGGAAAGCUGUAAAAUCUGAUCAUGGUGGCUUAUUGUGGCCAAAUGGCGUCAUUCCUUACGAAAUAGCAUCUAACACAUUUAGCUAUCAACAACGAUCCUAUAUAGAAUACGCUAUAGCAGAUUGGGAGAGAUAUACUUGUCUACAUUUUAGAAAAGCUAACUAUAACGAUAAGAGAAAAGUUGUUUUUUCCAAUGGUAACGGAUGUUGGUCGAACAUUGGUAUGACAAGAAAUUACGGUCCACAGUACGUUUAUUUAGCACCAAAUUGUCGAUACAAAUCUAUCAUCCUACACGAAAUCGGUCAUGCUUUGGGGUUUUUCCACGAACAUACCAGGCCCGAUCGUGAUGAUUUUGUUUACAUUCAAGAAGAGAAUGUAAUGUAUAAUCAACUUUACAACUUCCGUAAGAACACGUGGUAUGUAACCGACAGUCAUGGCGUUCCGUAUGAUUAUACCAGCAUCAUGCAUUACAGUGACACGGCGUUUUCGCGAAACGGUGCGUCAACAAUUGUUACCAAGAACAGAAACUACCAAUCGAGAAUAGGAAAAUAUCGUCAGCUUAGUUUUCGAGAUAUAAAAGCAGCCAACAAAAUGUACCAAUGCAAACCAAAUUGGUGUAAAUAUACUGAUUAUAACUGCCCUGGUGAGGGGUUUAUUGGUAAAGAUUGUAAAUGUUGGUGCGUUGGUACUCCUUAUAAACAAUGUGGUCUCAUUAACGUUUAUCCUCCGACAACAACAACCCUUCGUCCGACCACUACCACCGUUCGCCCAACAACAGCUGGAAACUGUGUGGACAAAUACUCUCUAUGUAACUACUGGAGUACAUUUGGUAGAUGUACCUCCUCACUUUUCGUAAAGAACAAUUGUAAAAAAUCCUGUAACAGUUGUAGUGUUACAACUCCUCCGCCCCCACCAGUUAUAAUCUGUGCAGACAGUGGUAAACAUUGUGAAUAUUGGUCUAACGCUGGUUUCUGUCAAAUUACUAAAUACAAAUGGUUCUUGAUUAAAAACUGUAUGCGAUCUUGUGGAUUGUGUAAUAGUCUAGCUCGUGAAGGAAAGUGUCAAGACAACGAUAUCGAAUGUCCGAAGUUGGCGUCCAAAGGAGACUGUGAAAAUAAUUCUGAAUAUAUGGAAGCCAGUUGCAGAAAGUCUUGUAAUAUGUGUAGUCCAAAUUGA